GUAGACCGUCGGAUGAAGCAGACUAUCUGUCUAUAAAUACCUAUCUUCUCAUUUCGUUUUUAGUCGAAGCUUCAAUUUUGCCUCUUUCAAAAACCGCGCGCUUUUUCGAUCGAUUCGAUUGCCAUUUCCGGCGAACUCUCCGAUCGCUGAAUCAGAUGGAUACAUCAAACCCUUCAGUUUUUGUCAAUGCUGAGCUUUUACGACUGUAUGUUGGAAGAAGAGUUCGGGCUGUGAUUCAGGUACUGUCUGAAGGCAAUGGAGUCAUACUUGGUAAAUCAACGGAUGACAACCAGAUCACUGUCAAAGGUUCCCCGCCCUUUCCUCUUUCAAAGUUUGUCGAGGUGAUUGGAAUUGCUGAUACUGACAAAUCCAUUCGAGCUGAUGUGUGGACCAAUUUUGGUGAUUCAUUUGAUACAUCUACCUUCAAUCAACUAUGCCAGUUUGCUAAUGGGGAGUUCAAACACUUGUUUAUCUGAUUUUCAAGCCAGACAUUCUUUAGCAAGCUCCCGUGACACGCCAAGUCGCCAAUGUUCUCUUCAUGUUCUUCUGAAAGCAUCCGAGAUUUAUCGUUCAUACGGUAUUGAACUUUUCAGGUAAGGGAUGUAUAAAAUUUGAAUAUGCAAAGUAUGUUUGUGUUAGAAUAUACUAGAAUGAACAUUGCUUCAAAAUGAUAAAAAGAAUUAUAUUUUAAUCAA